GAAGACUUCAGGCUCCGCCCAUGGGGGAAAUGCCGUGUUUUAGGGAGAUUCAAUACACUAGACGAACGGAUUUAAACUGGUCCGGCCCAUCACAGGAUUCAUCGCUGUUACACGGAGGCUUUGGGGAGAAAAGGAAAGACAGGUUACGAUAUUCAGUAUCUGUGUUAAAGCAGAACGUCUGUGACCAAACGCAUGUUAGGAAAGGGGGCAAGAUGUUGAAUACAAUUAGUUACACGCUAACAAUUGUUGGAGCGUAGGCUACUCCUGGUUAAACCGUUAACUGCGGGUUUUUCGAACCGAUCAACCCAAACCAUUGGAAGUUGUAGCCCUACUCUUGUGGGCGACAUUUGUAAAUACGAGCCAAAUGAUGUCCGGAAAGCAUUUCAAGGCUCAAGAAGUCAGUUGCUGCAUCAAAUAUUUCAUAUUUGGAUUUAAUAUAAUAUUUUGGUUACUUGGAGUGACGUUUCUUGCUGUAGGACUCUGGGCAUGGAGUGAGAAGGGUGUGCUUUCCAACAUCUCGUCCAUCACAGAUCUUGGGGGCUUUGACCCUGUAUGGCUCUUCCUGGUGGUGGGAGGAGUUAUGUUCAUUCUUGGCUUUGCUGGCUGCAUCGGAGCACUUAGGGAGAACUCUUUCCUGCUGAAAUUUUUCUCUGUGUUCCUGGGGAUCAUCUUCUUUCUUGAGCUGACAGCUGGAGUUUUAGCCUUUGUCUUCAAGGACUGGAUCAAGGACCAGCUCAAUUUCUUCAUUAAUAACAACAUCCGGGCAUACCGGGAUGACAUUGACUUGCAGAACCUUAUAGAUUUUACCCAAGAAUAUUGGGAGUGUUGUGGGGCCUUCGGGGCUGAUGAUUGGAACCUGAACAUCUACUUCAACUGCACUGAUUCCAACCCAAGUCGUGAGAAGUGUGGAGUGCCCUUUUCAUGCUGCACCAAAGACCCUGCAGAGGAUGUCAUUAAUACGCAGUGUGGCUAUGACAUUCGAGCUAAAACGCCUCCCCUGGAGUCCACCCUGCUGGUUGACAAAGGUGUGCCAUUACAACCUGGUUUGAUUCCAGUUUGUUACAGCCAGCCAUGACCGAGAGUCUGAAUUGAUGUUACUCCCAAUUGGCUUUGCUCUGUCUAGGUAAGAGGAAUGGGUUGCCAGCAGGUCAUUUCUGCAAGCUAAAAAAAGGUUGACAAUAUAAUUUUUUUUAUCCUGGUAUUGUUAUAAGAAGCAGUGGAGUUCACGGAACAUAUUUCAUUGGAUGCAUUUCCUGAUCUUUGCCUCUGGCAAGCCAGAUUUUCUUUAUUUUUUUAAUAAAAAGUAGAUCGCAUAACUAACACUUUUGAUACAAAACAGCUCCAGAAUCCAACAUCAUAUAACUGUGUUCCGGGAUUGCGAUGGACUGUUUUAUCAAAAGGCAGCACUCAAAGUGAAACUAGUCGAAUUAUGGAAAACUGUUUCACAUUAGCUAUUGGCAGGUUGGUUGGGCUGGAUGAGGUCAUUCUAACUCCACCCUAGUCACAGUCAUAGCGCUGGUCUCACAUUCUCCCAUAUCCACUCCCCCAGACUGCAACAGUUGGGCCCUUAUGCUAUGCGUUUCCUGUUGUAGAGAAAUUAGAGUUUGGGUCAGUAUUUUGGGUUGGAAAUGCUCCAUGACAAUCAGAGUAAGUCAAACCAAGAAAACACAAUUGUGAAAUGUUUUGAUAAGAUUUUGUUUAAGGCAAACCGGGGUAUUUCAACUGAAGGACUUAUGGAGAACUGCUGGAUGUCUAUGAAAUGGCCAAUAAAUUACAUACAUGAAAUGCAAGUGUUAGGAUUAAGUUUAUUCAAAGUAGGCAAUUAAAAAGCUAGUCUGUCCCUUUGAAUAAUUUAAAAUGGCAGAUGUAUUGAAUGGUGAUGUCAAUGCUGAGCCAGGCAUUCUCUUGGAUAUAUCCUUUAAGCAUCUCUACGGGUCGUUUUUGAGUUUUCUCAGCAAAUGGUUAUGAUUGGGAGAGGAGAAGUUGUUCCUAGAUCUGUACUUAGCAGAAACAUCAUCUGGAGUGGCUGGGACAACACUUGAGGUAGCAAUUGAUGUGUCAAAAACUUGCUGAAAUGUAACAUUUAAGUAACAUGCUUAACCUCAUGUACAAUCUACAUGAUAAUAUAACAAUUUUAUGCAUUAAACAGAAACUGUUAACCAAAGUGACUUCAAGUACAGGUACUGUACUUGUAUAUUUCAUUAACCCCAGAAGCAAUCGAUCCCACCACUGUUUGUGGUAGCAGUAGCACAGUGCUUUUAUCAACUGAGCUAACAUUAAUCAGUGUAUAUACCAAUUAAAUGAUGCACUGUAAACAGCGAAGGUCAUUGUGUAAUGUGUUUUAUAUAAUGUUAGGACUCUGAGCAGAGAACGUCUAUCUACAUUAAAGGCUGUGUGCCUCAGUUUGAGAAGUGGCUUCAAGACAACCUGACAGUGGUGGCAGGGAUCUUCA